CGGGUCGAACCCAAGAGCUACUUUGCCAAUGAGCGUACAUUCAUUCAAUGGAUUAGUGCUGCUCUGUUACAGGUGACAGUUGCCGUCAUCCUUCUCGAGUAUGCCUCUCACCACCCCGAAUAUCCGUUGGUUUCGGUAGGCCUUCUGCUAUGUGGAGCUGCCGGUAUCGUGCUCACGUACGCGCUCUUCAACUACCAUCGACGUGUCAAGCUGCUGAACACUGGAAGUCCAUACGGUUACAUCGACUACAUGGGUCCUACGUUUCUCGCUCUAACGAUUGUGGUUGGCAUCGUUGUGAUCACGGUCAUU